CACGUUUUUGCAUUACCAUGGAGCACCUCGCUGUCAAACGCGCCGAAGAAGGCGAAUGGCAUGAGCUGAUUGACUUGGCCGAGAACGUCCCACAUUGCGUCAUGAUCCCGGAUGAGUUUGGAAUGCUGCCGCUGCACUGGGCGUGCACUGAACCGACAGUACCCCUUGACACGCUGCACGUUCUCUUGCGAGUCUACCCCGAGGGCUGUGAGGUGAAAAACCUGUCCGGCAUGUUACCAUUGCAUGUCGCGAUCGCAUCCAAACUUCCUGGAGUGCAUUUGAAUGCCCUUGUCGAUGCAUAUCCCCCAAGUGUGUACAUGAAAGGUGGCGAUGGCCUCUUUCCUGCCGAAAUGGCACGUCGCCAUCGCCUUCCCGACCACAGCGUCAAUGUUCUCAAGAAAUCCAUGUCGUUGGACCUACGUUCGUCUACUUCCACAGCUAUCACAACUCGUCCCACCGAUGCUUCCAUCCUGCGACACUCGGCGUCGGACUUGAACCUCCCGUCGUUCGAAAUUCGAGGCAACAUCCCGCGAAACUCGUCAUGGGAGUCGGUGGACAAACUUAAAUCGAUCAGCAUGAGCAGCGGCACGUCGACGUCGUCGUCCACAUACAGCGCCGUGAGCAGCCCCAAGUCGUUUUCAUCCUGGAUGAGUGCCGCCGACCCGGACGAACUCGGUGCUGAAUUGCGUGAGCUGUCGGGACAGUUGGCGGCAUUACAAGUGGAGAUGCGGCACACGAACAGCACCUCCGAGCCCGUCGUGCACAGCGUCCUCUGGAACCCUGGUGAUCGCCUUGGGGUGUCGUUGGAGCCUGCCGUCGAGGAGCCUCCCAGCCUCGUCUUAGGAGCUCGUGUGAAGCGACUGACCGGAAAGAGUGAAGCGCUCGGCAUUUCAUCUAUCUCGAUUGGCGAUCAACUUUUGUCCGUGAACGGCAUCGACGUCACCCAAGUGCCCUUCGCGACCAUUUGCAAGUUCCUCAAGAAAACGAACGUGACGUGCAAACUCACGUUUGCAUCGUCAAGUCUACAGACCCAAGUGACGUCGCCGACAGCAGUCGACGUCCGCUCAAUCCUCGCCACGACGCUCCACAAGGUGCAAAAUGUCGAAGAUAUCGUCCGCCUCAGCUCUGCCAUGACCGCGUAGCCACGGACUUGAUGAGUUGAUGUUAUUUAUCAGUAGGCACUCACAGCCAAUCAAACGUGUGCAUUCGUUAUGAAUUCACCAAUCAAAACAUUUAUACUUGUUUAAUGGA